CCGCGCACAGACCAUGACCAUCACAAAACAACUCUGUGUAUCUGUGUGAGAGAGAGAGAAACUUUGGACUUCUCAUCUUCUACGCCUUUUUCCUGCUUUUCAUAAAGCAAACCAAAUCAAUUCUCCGUUUUCCCAAUCUGUCUUCUUGCAAUGACAUGAACAAACAAUUGCUACUUGAGGAAUUCAAUAUUAGUUGUUAAUUUGUCUUUGUUUACAUGUUCUGUUGGUGGAAGCUAACUAAUGAUGUAACUACAAGCCAGGAAAUAGUUUGCUCCUACGAUUGGAGUGAUAUCUAACCAGAAGCAUGACAAGGGUGGGGCGUGAUUUUAGCUAUGCAACGCAAAGAGAUGCAGUUUCCCCAGUGUCAGCAGAUGUGAUAUUUGCCUCCAGCCGAUUUCCAAAUCACAAAACUAGAACUAAUAAUAACACCUCGGAGGUAAAGGAAGAUGCAAAGUUGGUUUCUAUGAAAGAGGUAGUUCGGAAUGAGACUUCCCAGUUGCUAGAUCAGCGAAAUCGCCUAUCUGUUCGUGAUCUUGCCAAUAAAUUUGAGAAGGGUUUAGCUGCUGCUGCUAAAUUAUCCGAUGAGACAAAACUCCGGGAUGUGGCUUCUUUAGAGAAACAUGUGCUUUUAGAAAAUCUUAGAGAUGCACUUGAAUCCUUGAGAGGACGUGCGGUGGGUAAAAACAAGGAUGACGUGGAGGAGGCUAUUGCUAUGGUUGAUGCUUUAGCGGUUCAAUUGACUGAGAGGGAAGGAGAGUUGGUUCAAGAGAAGGCCGAGGUUAAGAAGCUUGCAAGUUUUCUGAAGCAGGCUUCAGAAGAUGCAAAAAAACUUGUCGACGAAGAAAGAGCUUUUGCACGAACUGAAAUUGAGAAGGCUAGAGCUGCAGUUCAGAGAGUGGAAGAGGCUCUUCAGGAGCAAGAAAGAAUGUCCCGAGCUACUGGGAAGCAGGAUGUGGAAGAACUAAUGAAGGAGGUUCAACAGGCGAGACGGAUCAAGAUGCUACACCAGCCUAGUAAGGUUAUGGAUAUGGAACAUGAGCUUCAAGUAUUACGCACUCAGCUAGCAGAGAAGUCAAAGUGUUCAAUUAAGCUCCAGAAAGAGUUGGCAAUGAGCAGGCGCGGAGAGAAAAAUACUCCCUGCUUUGAAUUUGAUGGUACAGAGGCUUUAGGUUCGUAUUUGCAGAUCCAGCCAUGUUCUGAUAAAGCCCCAGAACUUCUAGAAUGUUCGAUCCAGUGGUAUCGUUUGACAUCUGAAGGUGGAAAAAAGGAGCUUAUUUCAGGUGCCACCAAACCUAUUUAUGCUCCUGAACCGUCUGAUGUUGGCCGCAUACUUCAAGCUGAUAUCAUUUCAGACGUCCUGAGUAUUAGUUUGACAACAUCUGGUCCUAUGGAUCCAGCCGCAGGACUAGGAAACUAUGUGGAAGCAUUGGUGCGACGGCAUGACACUGAGUUUAACGUAGUUAUUGUCCAAAUGAAUGGGGCAGACCAUCCAUCAGAGUCUAUUCAUGUACUUCAUGUGGGAAAGAUGAGGAUGAAACUUUGCAAGGAAACAACAACCGUGGCCAAAGAAUACUACUCGCCUUUUAUGCAGCUGUGCGGAGUUAGAGGUGGUGGAAAUGCUGCAGCGCAGGCAUCAUUCUGGCAACCAAAGAUAGGACUCUCCUUUGUGCUGGCAUUUGAGUCGGAAAGAGAAAGAAAUGCUGCUAUUAUGCUCGCACGAAGAUUUGCCUUCGAUUGCAAUAUCAUGCUUGGUGGCCCUGAUGAUAGAGCAGCAGCAGCAGCAGCAGCAGCCGCGGCCACCGCCGAGGAAACUUAACAAAUUUAUAUAGGAAGGAAUUGUAAUUGUAAUUAUAUAUAUGUAAUGUGUUGUUGUAGUCUUGAGAAUUCUAGUAUUGCUGCUUGAUUGUGAAAUUGUUUGGUUCACUGUCCUUUUCUAGCCACCCAUUCUUUUAUUGGGUUUUGUAAUUCUAUGAACCUUUAUAUUA